AUGGUUAACCUAACUCUCCGAGUCCUCUCUCGUCCCGACACCGCGAAACUCCCUGUCAUCGUUCAAAACCUCGGUCUCGAAUACGACGAGAAAGUCCUCCCUUCGAUCGGUAACGAAGUUCUGAAAUCUGUUGUGGCGCAAUUCAAUGCUGAUCAGCUCCUUACUGAACGUCCUCAGGUUUCUGCCCUUAUUAAGGAGACUCUUGUCCGACGUGCUAGGGAUUUUAACAUCCUUCUCAACGAUGUGGCGAUCACACAUUUGUCUUUGAAAUCGCGGACACCGAAAAAUGGCUAUAAUAUUGGCUGCAUCUUCUGCUGUCUUGGCUCUUCUUUUGGUUACUGCAACAAUGGGUUUCUUUAUAAGAAAGAAUGUAAUGAGGAAAAGAAGAGAGAGAAAAUAAUUUGGGACACUUUUGGAUACAGACAAGGAGGAUCAGGUUCAGUUUAUAAAGGAGUUAUGCCAGAUGGUAAUACUGUGGCUGUUAAAAGGCUUAGUUUUAACUCGACGCAAUGGGUGGAUCAUUUCUUCAAUGAGGUUAAUUUGAUUAGUGGAGUUCAUCACAAAAAUGAUGAGAGAAGAAAGAAUACUUACACGUCGGAGUCACUCCGCCAACGCUUCAAUCGUGAUUCAGGAGAGAGUGACGCUGCUAUAUUGAUUUCCGAGGCUACUGCUGCGGCUGGGAUGGGGUUGGUUGAGCUUAGGAGGAUUGAAGCUUCCAGGGAAGUUGCUGGAACGCUUGCGAAAUCGCCUAAUGUUACUUAUCUUCCUGGUGGAAACAACAUGAUGAUGGCUCUUAAUCCUGCUGGUUGA